CAUUUAAAUAUUUAGAUAACCUGAAUCAGGUAUAAACAUGUCCCAAUUAACUUCCUGGUUGGUCAACCUUUUGAGAAACAAUGAAGGAAAUAAGUUUCCGUUGUCAAAUACACAAGUGACAUAAUAACAACAUCAAAAGGUCAUGGCGUCCAGUAAACCUAUACCAUGUGGACCUUGUGAAGAAGGAAAAGUAAAGGCUAAAGCUGACAUCUGGUGCUACAACUGUGAUGAAGGAUUAUGUUCAACAUGUUCUGGUCAUCACAAAAGAUUCAAAGGAACACGUGAUCAUAAAACUAUUGAUAUUAAAAGUUAUAAACCCUCCAUCAGAGCUAUCAAAACCGAAUGUGACAAACAUGGUCAACAGCUUAACUUGUACUGUCCAAGUCAUUUAAUGCCUUGCUGUGAUGAAUGUAUUUCCACUAGUCAUUCAAAAUGUACUGGAAUAAAAAGUUUAGCUAGUGUAGUCGAGAAAACUAAAAUUGAAAAGUCCACACAAUCUGUACAAAAACAAAUUGACUCUAUCAAGCAUUUCCUAGAUAAAUUGAUAAACAACAAAUCAAAAAACAUUAAAAGAUGUGAACAAGAAAAUGAUAACAUAAAAGAAUUAAUUCUGAAAAUUUGCAAGGACAUAAAUAAACAUUUAACCCAUCUAGAGAAGAAAUUAUGUAAUGAAGCAGAUACUAUCUGGAAUCAGGAAAAAUCAAAAGCAAAAGAUUUAAUAACUGAAAUUGAAGGAAAACAGAAAAACUUAAAGGAAAUGCAAGACCACCUACAGACAGUCAUUCCAUACACUUCAAAACUCCAAUCAUUUCUAGGUGUACAUCAGAUUGAACAACAAGUACAUCAAUCUCAACGAUAUGCUGAAGAUCUGGAAAACGAUGAGAGGGCCAGAGAUUUUGACAUUAAAAUGAAGCAAAAUGAUGAAAUAGAAAAGAUACUGAGCAAGUUAGGAUCACUAGAAUCACUAGGAGAAGUGAUUGUUGAUAACACAGAAAUAGCCUUGAAUAGAGAAACCAGUGUGAGGAGGAAAGCACAAGUACAAUCACGACAACAAUCCAACAUAAACAACAUGACCAUGAAUAUUGAGACAAAGAUAGAGAUCAACAUAGAGAAGGUGACUAAUGACAUGAUUUGUCUGAUGGAUGGAAGAGUUAUAGUAGUGGAAUGGAUGGGUAAAGUUUACCUAUUUACUUCUGAUGGCAAAGUACAGAAACAGUUACCUAUACCUGGUGAAGCCUUGAGUGUUACACAGAUCAAUCAGAACACUAUAGCCAUAACUUAUCCCUGGGAGAACGCCAUUAAGAUCUUCAAUAUGGAGAAUGAAACAGUUACCAAAGUUAUCACAUUAGACAAAGGAUGCUGGGAUUUAUCAAUCUCCAAUAAUUCUCUGGCUGUAGGUUUGAAUAGUGAUGAAAUCCGUAUUAUAGACUUGGAAGGAAAUACACUGAAGUCAAUACAAGUUGAGAGUGUAUCAUACCUGGCUAACCUUGUUUACUGUAAUGACAGAGUAAUCUAUAGUGACUAUAAUAGUAAAGCAGUAUACUGUUAUGAUGAAUCAGGUGAACAGAUCUGGCAAUAUAAACAGGAUUUAUCAGGACCAUGGGGACUUUGUACAGAUACUUAUGGUAACAUUAUUGUAGCAGACUGUGCCUCUCAUAGAAUAAUAGUAAUAUCAAAAGAUGGACAGAAUAGUAAAGUACUGAUUAGUGAAGAGGAUGGACUGAAGGAUCCUCGGUGUAUUUGUUUUAAACAUAAUGAGUCAUCAGGUUUUAUUUGUGAUGAAAAUGGCACAUACUUGGCAAAAUUCAAUUUAUCUUCUUAAUAAGAUAUGCACUGCUGAAUCUAAUGAUAUAACCUGACUUUGAUACUACAACAGUACAACCUAUUAUAUAUAUAUUCAUUAAGCAUUUAACUGUAGAUUCAGUCAAUUAAGUGGAGUAGUAUCAGUAAUUUUGGACCAUCCAGUGAAAUCAACUUAUAGUUUUAAACAUUUAAAUUAAAAUUAGAAUGCAUUUUUAGUAAAAGUAGAAAUUUUCUCACAAGGAAAUUAUAAACUCUCAUGUACUUAUGUUCCCAAUUUUUUAAACACCCAUUAUGAUGGCAUAUAACAAAUAAAGAACUUGAUUCUUUGUGCUCAUCUAAACAUUUAAUUACCAUCUACUGAAACAUCUGACAAAGUCCUGUGAAUGAACCUAUUUAUGUUUAAUAAGUACAGUACAGGAGAUCAUUUGAAGUACUUUUGUGAUACACAUUUAUGCAUUGUACUUUGACCUUUUUAUGGACUUUUAUAUAUUGUACUACUCUUCA